AUGAAAGAAAUUCUCCUGGCGGGCGACACGAACCGCUUAGUGGCAGAGCUAACUUUUGUACGCAUCAAUGACCUUGCUGCACCUCCUGAGCCCAUGCACCCCAUCAUGUACUUGGAGCCUUUGGUGGCUAUCCUCAUUGUCGGCAACGGGAUCAUGAUAGGUUUCCAGACGGAUCCUCACUACAAGGAUUGGCAUGGAUGGGUCUACAUUGAGAUUGCCUUUGCUGCCUGCCUGAUACUGGAAGUUGGCUUGCGUAUGUGCAUGCUGGGCUUCUGUGGCUACUGGUGUGGAUCAGAGCGUCUGUGGAAUUGGUUUGAUAUGUUUCUCAUGUGCACUGGCCUUUCCGACAUUGCCAUUCAACUCCUGGACGACCAGCAAUCAGGAGUUGCAGGGACAUCGCUGCUACGAUUCUGCCGCUUAAUCCGAUUGGUGCGAAUCGUGAAGGUUUUCCGCAUCAAGUUCAUGAAAGACCUGCGCCUCAUGGUCAAAGGGCUGAUAGCUGGCAUACGAACCCUGGCGCUUGCUUUCGUCCUGUUGUUUGCGGUCCUGUAUGUGAUAUCAGGCUUCACUACAAUGACCAUAGGAAGCAGCCCGAUUACGGAGGAGAUCGGUUUGAGUGAAUAUUUUAGCAAUAUCCCCAACUCCAUGUUUACGACGUUCCGAUGCUUCACUGGGGAGUGUGUAAAUGAUGAGGGACAGCCUAUUCAUUCACUGCUUGCGUCAAAGUUUGGACUGCUCUUCAUCUUGGCUUAUGUCAGCAGCUACAUGCUUGUGACGAUGGGCAUAUUCAAUGUAAUUCUGGCUGUAUACGUGGACAUAACUAUGAAGGCCGCCAAGGAGAAUGAUGCAGUCACCGCGGAGCAGUACUCGCGCGAGUCGAUUCGAGUUGCCAGGUGCACAAGAGAGCUGUUGAAGAAUUUUUCAUCGGCAUAUCACUCAUUUCAUGACCACCGCCAGAGCAGCAAUUCCAAUGACGAUCAUGACAUGGAACAAACUCCGGUGACGCGCGUCAACACCUGUGCGGCCAAAGCGUUGUACACUGAGGAUGGUAUGCAUGACAAGAUCGCAAUUACCAAGGAACUUUUUCUUCUCAUUAUCCAGGACCGUGGUGUACAGAAGCUUAUGGAUGAAUUAGAUCUACCACACGACCGUGCCAACUUGUUUGAAAUUAUUGAUGCGGACGGGAGUGGUACUCUACAAAUCACCGAGCUCUUGCAAGGCUUGCUGAAAAUUCGUGGCGAGAUCAACAAGAGUGACACUGUGGCAUCCUAUUUGGCCACCAAAGCUGUGUUCAGCAUGGUUACUGAGAUGAAGGAAGAGCAAGCGAAGCAGCUCCAAAGCAUCCGUUCAGAGUUUGCCCGAUGCUUCGCAAGCCUGCCUGCUACCAAGCCAACGCCGGCAGCCAAUUGUUUGCCUUUGAUUGAAGCACCUGAAAGUCCUGUCCUAGAUCUGGAUCAAGUCAGGCUGCCUGCUAAGCCUGAGGCUUUCAUUGAAGCCAUUGAAACUGAGCCUCCUUUUGCGUGA